CAAAGACACUCAAGGAAGGAGGGGUCUACGAACGGGUAUCGGACUGGCAAACUGUGACAUGCAAGCAGAUGUGCGUGUCUUCAGGGAACGGGAAAUAGAGACCAGACUAUAUGGGUCUUAUUUAUGAAUAUCUGUGACAUCUGUAAGAUUAUGGUCUUGAAAGCGAAGUCGCACUGGAGGUCUAUCUUCCCUCAAUGCGACACACCUCUGCUUCUUUAGCACGGAGUAUCUGAGAAGAUAUUCUGAAAGGGAUGAAGCUCUUUCCUGUCCGUGGUUCCCCUCCAUUCGUGUCGGAUGGAUUUCCCGGUGAACAUUGCUUUGCUCAGCAGCAGCAACUACAGCGCUGGGGAAAACACUUCGGGAACAAGUCUAACGUUGGAAAUAGUCACCUUUUCCCCGGUGCUGAAGAGCCUCACCACGGAGCCAAGCCUCGCAAACGUCACGGGUGGAGGCGAUCCAGACCGAGAACACGCUCCUGUGCAGAGCAAGGAGGGGAACUCGGUCCUCCAGGGCAUCACCGUGGCAGCCCAGGCACUAGUUCUCCUGGCAAUAUUUAUCCUGUCCAGUUUAGGGAACUCUGCUGUGGUGAUAGUUAUAAUCAAACACCGCCAGCUGAGAACAGUCACCAACGCUUUCAUUAUGUCCCUCUCUCUAUCCGACUUCUUGACGGCUGUGCUUUGUUUACCCUUCUCGUUUAUGAUGCUCUUUAGUAAAGACGGAGUUUGGAUGUUUGGAGAUCGUUUCUGCGUCGCUAACGGCUUUUUUAACACGUGUUUCGGUAUUAUCUCCACCCUUACAAUGACUUUGAUUUCUUUUGACCGGUACUAUGCCAUCGUUAGGCAGCCUCAGGAGAAGAUCGGUCGUCGGAAGGCCCUCCAACUGUUAGUGGCAGUCUGGCUGACAGCUGUCAUCUUCUCCCUGCCCUGGUACCUGCUCCUGCGCACUCCAAUAGUGAUCCACAAGCGGGGCUUCUACCACUGUAUGUAUGUAUUCCAUUCCGGCACCUCUCGAAUGGGAACUGGCUUCAGCAUCUCUCUGAUCGUGGUGUGUUAUCUGUUACCCUUUGCCCUCAUGUGUUUCUGCCACUACAACAUUUGUAAGACCGUCCGGCUCUCUGAGAUCAGGGUGAGGCCGGUAACCACGUACGCCUACCUCCUCCGGUUCUAUAGCGAGAUGCGAACGGCCACCACUGUGCUGAUCAUGAUCGUGUUCAUUAUCUUCUGCUGGGGUCCUUACUGCCUGAUGGGUCUGGUCACCGCCAUGGGAGACUACUCCUUCAACCCUGCCAUGGACACCGUGGCCAUAUGGAUGGCCUGGGCCAAUGGGGCCAUUAACCCGCUCAUAUACGUUAUCAGGAACCCCAACAUCUCCAUGCUUCUAGGCCGCAGCCGAGAGGAGGGCUACAGGACUAGAAACAUCGCGGCCUACCUGUCCACACAGACCCAGAACAGGGACGUCAGGACCAGAGCAGACCGCAUCAGAGACCGUUACGUCAGCAGGCACGGAGCCAACAGCCGCUUGUCUUCCUCAAGCCCCGCCAACGGUGGGGAGGUGGCGAUGUGGGCCUGCAAGAACCCCGCGGUGUUCUUCUGCCGGGACGGUCAGCCCGACACCGUGACCGAACCUGCGCUGCCAAAAGUGGAGACCGCGGACACCAGCCUGUGAUUACGCUUCCCGUGGUGACGCACGGUGAAAUUCGGAGGGGAUAUAUGUCUGUGCAAAACAUGAAACCGCUGCCAAACAAAACAUUGACUGGAACGUUAGGGGAGUAAUUACUAUAUUGACCAUAUCUAGAGGUAUAUUUUCCUGUGAAAUGCCAACACGUAGUAGGCUAUUUGGGCACUUUUUCAGUAGGUACAGUUGAUCAUUUUUAGCUAGCGCCAAUUGGUUCCUCUCUAUACACUGUGACAGAACGGAAUGCGUCUUUUUUCUUCUUUUUUUUAAACACACGUACUCAAUAAAAA